CACACGCACACACACACGCACACACACACACUUACUUUGUGGAGUUUGUUUGCUACUUUUACGUGCGCUCGCGUUUUGGAGGGUGGAAAAACACAAACUGGACUCCAUCAGGUACUUUGUGCUCGUUAAGUCAGCGUGGAUGCGAGGCGGGGUUCCCCUGAUCGCCAUGGACGGCUGAUUCACACGUCAUCCCCGACCCAACAGAAUAUUUGCCAUGCCACAUGGGAAGGCUCUGAACCCCACCCUGCUCUUACUCCUCAUCCUCAUCGUCUUCGCCGCAGCCCACGGUCGCUCCUACCCUCGCUUCUCCCGUAAUGACACUGAAUUCCAGCACCUGGUGCUCCACCCAGACCCCUCCGUGGGGACGGUGUACGUGGGGGCCAGGGACCACCUCUUCCAGCUGGACGGAUCGGACGGACUCCGGCUGGAGCUGGAGGAGACGACCGGUCCCGUGAGCGACAGCAAAGACUGCCUCCCACCAGUGACCGAGUCCAACUGUCCCCAAGCCAGGAGAACCAGCAACCACAACAAACUGCUUCUGGUGGAUCCGAAGGCGCUGGAGUUGAUCACCUGCGGCAGCAUCCACCAGGGCACCUGCCAGAAACGCAGCCUGGCGUCGAUCAAGGAGGUCCGCUUCUCCACAGAGAGGCCCGUGGACACGCAGUACGUCGCCGCAAAUGACCCGUCGGUGUCGACCAUUGGGCUCGUGGUGGGGCAUCGUGGCGGGGAAAGGACCGUAAUGUACGUGGGAAGGGGCUACACCGCCAGCCACCCGCCCAUCUCCACCCGCCACCUCUCAUCAAAACCCCUCUUCUCCUACGAGGAGACGGCCAAGCUGGCGGUGGCCGGGCGCCUGUCGGAAUACGACCACCACUUCGUGAUGGCGUUCACUCGGCGCACGUACGUGUACUUCUUGUUUUACCGGCGGGACAUCAAGUCGGCAUCGAGGGAGUACCGGACCUAUGCCGCCAGGGUGUGCCUGGACGACACCUCCUACUAUUCCUAUGUGGAAGUUCCUCUGGUCUGCAGAUCCACUUCCUCUCCAUCCAGGACUUACAACCUGCUCCAGGCUGCACAGGUGGGACAAGGCAUCGGCCGGGAAGGCCAGGAUCUGCUGGGAGUCUUCUCCACCCGCGCCAGCUCCACAAACAACGCUCCCUUGGACGCCUCGGCUCUGUGUGUCUACCCGCUGGAUGAGCUCGACGGACACAUCGACUCCACCCGCAACCUCUGCUACACCCAGGACGGCCGGGUGGAGGGAAGAGAGGUGGCCUACAUAGAGUACGAGGUCAAGUCCAGUUGCGCCAACCUGCCCGUGAAUACCCUCAAGGCGUAUCCCUGCGGCUCGGACCACACCCCCAGUCCCAUGGCGAGCCGGGCGCCGCUGGAGGCCAGAGCCGCGUGGCACACCUCCACCGCCCGCCUCUCCGCGGUGGCCGUCAGUGUCAGAGACGGACACAGCAUCGCCUUCCUCGGAGACUCCAAAGGGACUCUGCACAAGGUUUAUCUGGGCCAAGACGGCCAGGUGGAGGUGUACGCGAACACGACGAUCCAGCUCAACUCCCCGAUCAACAGUGACCUUUUAUUGGACCCGACUGGAGCACACAUCUACGUCAUGACCAAAACUACUGUCGAGAAGCUCCCGGUGGCCGAAUGCGGUGACCACCUGGACUGUCAGUCCUGUCUGUCCGCCAAAGACCCCUACUGUGGCUGGUGUGUCCUGGAGGGACGGUGUGGCCAACGCCAGGAGUGCCAGCGAGGGUCCGUACAGGGUCAGUGGCUGUGGAGCUUCAACCAGACGCAGCAGUGCCUCGGUAUCCAGCAUCUCAGCCUCUACAACAUCAGCCGUGGGGAGAAAGCCGAUAUUACGGUGUCAGUAGAGGGCCUCCCGAGUCUGGGAAAUGGAGAGGCCUACUCUUGCUUCUUCCAGGACACGGAAGCUCCUGCUUCACUCACUAACACCGGUGUGAUUUGCUCCACCCCUGAAGCGGACAGUCUGCCCCCCAUUAGUCAUGGAGAUGAGUUUGUGAUGGUGGCCCUGUCGCUGCGUUUCACAAACGUGACGGUGGCAGAGACAGAAUUCACCUUCUACAACUGCAGCUUUGUGCAGCAGCUCUCUGGACGCAGGCCAUGCCAAGGGUGCGUCAGCAGUCGCUGGGGGUGUAACUGGUGUAUCCACGAGCACGUCUGCACGCACAAACACACCUGCAGCCGGGGAGUCACCAUCUACAACCACAAUUUCAAACCGCCAACACCCACCAUCCCACCACCCGCCAGAAAUCUGACCCCUUUACCUCCUACCGUCCGGGCUGCUGCUGCGACAACGACAACAACAACAACACCACCAGCAACAACAACAACAACACCACAGCCAUCACCCACAGAGACACCUACCCCCAUCGCAGCAGCUGUCCCUUUAACUUUCACCACAGUGAAACCACCCACCACCCCUAACGCCGAGCCCACCGCCCCCCUCAUCCUGGCUACAACUUCCCCCUUUGUCAGGAUCUUCAGCCAGGCCACUACAACGCACACCGUUGUCCCCACACAAAGCGAGGGAACCUCGGAUGGAAACGGCAGCAUUGCAAGUUUCUCGGAGGACGAGGAGGCCGAAAGCUUGAAUAUCACUGACAAAGCCCCCCACGCUACGUUACCCAGCAGCACUAGCGUAAAGGUAGAACAUGACCUGAGAUUAUUAGAGCAGUCCGCCGGAGCGUUUGGCUCUUCUGCCGACGACAGCUCGACCACCUCCAGAGAAAUGUCUCAUUCAAUAGUCCUCUCCGUCAGUGACAAUAAGGACGCCAUUCCUCCAGCCAGCUAUGAAGACAGUGAGAGGCGGGAGGAGCCUACCGUGGACUCGGCAGCAGGUUCAUCCGUUGCCAGCAAAAAGCCUUCCAUCUACACACAAUCACCUGAAACAGUUAUUGACCACAACUCUGAGUCUGAAGCAGACUACCAUUCAGAUUUAUCUACCGUCUCUUAUUUUCCGGAAUGUCCGUGUGUGGAGAAAGUUCAGGAUUCCUCUCUUCUUCCUGUCAACGUGGAGAGGAAGGUCACUCUGGUGGGACAACACCUGGACCUGUUCCAGGAUGAGAACCUGGACUACGAGUGUGUGCUGGACGUUGAGAAUCAGUCAGUGGUGGUGGAGGCCUCCGUGGAGCCAGACGCCACUCAACCCUCCGUCUUCUACAUCACCUGCCAACCCCACCAGUACGCCUACUCUGCCUCCAUGGAGGAAUACCCGGCCACGAUCAACGUGAGGAGGAAAACCUUCUUCCUCAUCGACAGCGCCGAGGAUCUGUAUGUGACUCUGUUUAAUUGCUCAGUGGGGCGGUCGGACUGCAGCCGGUGUCGAACUGCCGACCCCAAGUACGGCUGCGUUUGGUGCAGCGGUGCAGCCGGUUCUCGCUGUGUGUACCGGGACUCGUGCUCGGAGGAGGUCAAACACACCUGUCCCGCACCCGUCAUUCUCUUCCUGGACCCGGUAUCCGGUCCCGUGGAGGGAGGGACGGUCGUGACCAUUUCGGGCUCCAACCUCGGCCAGAGAGCCGAAGAUAUCCAGAACUCGGUCACGGUGGCCGGGGUCCUCUGCAGUGUCAUCCACAGCAGAUACGAAGUCUCCUCGAGGAUAGUGUGCGAGACCACGAGCAGCGGAGGAGAGAGGAGCGGCCAGGCCUCCGUCAAAGUGAGGGGAGGAGGACUCGGACUGUCCGCUCAGAUCUUCAGCUUCCAGGAUCCCGUACUGAGCGGCAUCUUCCCACAAAGAGGGCCCAAGGCGGGGGGCUCCUCUCUCACCAUCAGAGGCCGGAGACUGAGUACCGGACACCAGAGCGAGGUCGGCGUCCUGAUCGGAGGAGUGCCGUGCGUGGUGCUCAACAUCCAGGAGGAUCAGAUCAUCUGUCUGACCAGAGGCAGCAACAGAACGGGAGAGCAUGGCAUCACCGUGCGGUUUGGUGGCACGGAGCGCCACCUACAGGGUCUGGUGUAUCAUUACACCCACAACCCCAACAUCUCGAUGGCUGCUCCGUCCAAGAGCUUCCUCAGCGGAGGCCGAAUCAUCAGGGUCUCCGGUCAGAACCUGGAUGUGGUCCAGGAGCCCAAAAUGAGGGUGACCCUCAGUCCCCCCGAUACUCUCCCUCCCAGGAGGAGACGGGGCGUCAGAGGGAGGAGCAAAGGAAGCCCGAUCAUAAGACGGGAGGGUCCAGGGCCACUGAAGAGAUGGAGGAGGAUCGUCCCGGAGGCGGACUGCCCCGAGGGUACGCUCUGUCACGUCAAACAGUACGAGUCUCGCUGCACAGUGAAUAGCUCCUCCCUCAUCCUGUGUCCAACUCCCGCGGUGGGUCCGGAGGCCAGGAGGGCCAGGGUCAAAGUUCACUUCCUGUUGGACAGCCUCCAUUUUGACUUCAGCUCCGUGGGGAACGGGGCCUUCAGCUACGAGCCAAACCCACAGCUCUACAUGCUGAACCAGAACGAUCCCAGCAAACCGUACCACCACAAACCCGGCAGCAUCAUCUCCGUUGAGGGAGAGAACCUGGACCUAGCGAUCUACAAGCAUGAGGUGGAGGCUCGGAUAGGGGCGGGGGUGUGUUCUGUGAAGACCCUGACACACAACCACUUGUACUGUGAGCCGCCGGCACAGCAGCCCUCGGUCAACGCUGGCAAAAAACAGGACGGCAUGGACGGUCUGCCUGAGUUCACGGUGAAAAUGGGGAAUCUGAACUUCUCUCUGGGCAGAGUGCAGUACGACAGCCAGGCCCAGUCUACGUUUCCUCUGGAGGCUCAGGUUGGAGUCGGGGUGGGAGCCUCCAUAGUGGCUCUGAUUGUGCUCAUCAUAGUCCUCAUAUACAGGAGGAAGAGCAAACAGGCCAUGAGGGACUACAAGAAGGUGCAGAUCCAGCUGGAGAACCUGGAGACCAGUGUGAGGGACCGGUGUAAGAAGGAGUUCACAGACUUGAUGACGGAGAUGAUGGACGUGUCCAGUGAUUUGGUGGGUUCUGGGAUCCCCAUCCUGGACUACCGGGCGUACGCAGAGCGCAUUUUCUUCCCCGGCCACCAGGAGUCGCCUCUGAGACGAGAUCUGGACGUCCCUGAGAGUCGAAGGCAGACCGUGGAGCAAGGGCUGGUUCAGCUGUCCAAUCUGCUCAACAGCAAACUCUUCCUCACCAAGGUCAGACAACAGGUUUAUCACACUCUGGAGGUCCAGCGGACGUUCUCCCCGAGGGACCGGGCCUACGUGGCCUCCCUGCUGACCGUAGCCUUGCACGGUAAACUGGAGUACUUCACUGACAUCUUGAAGACACUGCUCAACGAUCUGGUGGAACAGUAUGUGGCCAAGAACCCCAAGCUGAUGCUCAGGAGAACGGAAUCAGUGGUUGAGAAGCUUUUGACGAACUGGAUGUCCAUCUGUCUGUUUACCUUUCUGAGGGAAUCAGCAGGGGAGUCCUUCUACAUGCUGUUCAGAGCUAUAAAGCACCAGGUGGACAAGGGUCCUGUGGACGCCGUGACGGGAAAAGCCAAGUACACGCUGAACGACAACAGGCUGCUGCGGGAGGACGUGGAGUACCGCACUCUGACCCUAAACGUAGUGAUGCCAGCUACAGCCGCCGGCGGAGGCACCACCACGCAGACGGUUCCGGCCAAAGUCCUGGACUGUGACACCAUCACCCAGGUGAAAGAGAAACUCCUGGAGCAAACCUGGAAGGGAACCUCCUUUUCCCAGAGGCCACACGUUGACUCCUUACACCUCGAGUGGCGUUCAGGUGUCGCGGGUCACCUGAUCCUAUCAGAUGAGGAUCUGACAUCAGUAGUGCAGGGCUUGUGGAAGCGGCUCAACACACUGCAACACUACAAGGUCCCCGACGGAGCGACCGUGGCCCUCGUCCCCAGGAACACCAAAAACCACCUCCACGACAGCCACGACUACAUGCCUGGAGAAAAGACCCCCAUGCUGGACGACGGGGAGGAGGGAGGAGUGAGGCUCUGGCAUCUGGUGAAAGCCGGCGAGGAGUCGGACCUGCCUAAGAACAGGAAGGGCAGCGUGAAGGAGCGGGGCGGCGAGAGGGCAAAGGCCAUCCCCGAGAUCUACCUCACACGGCUGCUCUCCAUGAAGGGCACGCUGCAGAAGUUCGUGGACGACUUGUUCACGGCGAUCCUGAGCACCAGUCGUCCCGUCCCUCUGGCGGUCAAAUACUUCUUCGACCUGCUGGACGAGCAGGCUCUGCAGCACAACAUCGUGGACCCCGAGACCAUCCAUAUCUGGAAAACCAACAGUUUGCCGCUGCGGUUCUGGAUCAACAUCCUGAAGAACCCGCAGUUCAUCUUCGACGUGCAGACCUCAGACCACGUGGACGCCGUGCUGUCCGUCAUCGCCCAGACCUUCAUGGACUCCUGCACCAUAGCCGACCACAAACUGGGGCGGGACUCCCCCAUCAACAAGUUGCUGUAUGCAAGAGACAUCCCGCGCUACAAGCAGAUGGUGGAGAGGUACUAUGCAGACAUCCGUCAGACCAUCUCUGCCAGUGACCAGGAGAUGAACUCGGCUCUAGCGGAACUCUCUCGUAAUUACGCCGCAGAGGUCAACUGUCUGGUGGCUUUACACGAGCUGUACAAGUACAUCAACAAAUACUACGAUCAAAUUAUCACAGCCCUCGAGGAGGACGCCACUGCCCAGAAGAUGCAGCUCGGUUACCGGCUCCAACAGAUCGCUGCGGCUGUAGAAAACAAAGUCACAGACCUAUGACCCAAAGGACCUCGAAGUGAUGGACGAUGACGGGGACUAAGGUUCUGUCUCCUGGAGUGAAGUCCUCCUUCCUUUUUUUUCCCAAGACGAGGGAGGACUAAGGAACAUUGUGGCACAUGCUGUGAUCUUGCCGUCAUUUUGACCGAAAUUAUCUUAACCGGAUCACAAAUACUGUGCCAUGUUUCCUGUCCCGUGUCCAGGAGUUACACUGAGACGCCCUCGGAAUUCAGAGACACUGCUGAUGGGUAAAUAGAAAAGGAGAACAUGUGAAAUGAAGCACAUUUAAACACAUGUCUUCUCUCGUAAAGGAUUUCCCAUGUUGCAUUCAAACUAAAAGGAGACACAAUAUGAGUUUUGUUCUUCCUCCGAAUCUUCUUGUCUUUGUGGAGUUGAAGGUUUUCCUGACAAACUGCACUGAACAGUCCAGCUACACUUAUUAGUCCUCUGCUGUAGGCGUGCUGGAUGAAGAAACCUUGGACGAGGACGAAAAAGGGGAAAAACGAGGGCUUAAAUGUCGACGGCUGUGGAGAUAUCCUCCACGAUACGUCAAAGUCUUACAUAAAGGACAGACGGAUACUGGCAAAGCGCCACGGAGGCCCGAGCAACCGCUUAUCGUAUUGGAAGGAUGUUUCCAUUCUGCUUUUAUCUUCCUUAAAUCAUUCUACCGAGUCUUACUCUGUGACGUUUUUAUUAGCUGUUGUUGGCUAGCUUGUUGUCCUGUGUAAACACUUUCCCUGGAUUUGGGGGUUUUUUUAAGCUUCACAUCGCCACUUGUGCAUUUGCUGCCUGUAGUUUGAACAGAAAAUCGACUAUCUGUGAAAGCAUCGAUUUUAAUUUGUCAAGGAUGUGGUAUAUGAAUUCUUUCCAAUGACCUACUGCUUUUGUGAAUGUUCCUUUUCUUAGGCAGGGGUGUUUAUCAAUUUUGUAAACAUUACCCCGGACAAUUAUUAUUAUGGAUAACUAGUUAAACUGAUCCGUCCUAAAGAAAAGCGCAAAGCAAAAUGAACUGCAUGCAGACAAAACCCAUAACAGCACUACUGCAAUCUGUAAUAAUUCAAUGAAAACAGAUCUUAUAACGUUUGAAAGACCAAGCCUGACUUAUUAGAUAAUAAAUGCACAAACAGAUGAAUAAAGCCCAAAGGAAUUGAGGACUCAGUAGGUUCUACUGCCACUUCAAUAUUUAUUUCCCUUCCCCAUUUUCCAUUUGUGUAAUAUAUUUUACUUCCAUAUGAUGUAUGUUUUUUUUUUAUGUGUGAUUGACAGUUUUUUCCUUAAGGUAGGUCAUCAUAAAAAAAGUCCUAUUGAUUAAAUCAGAGGUGACUAUAAAAUAUAUGUAGCGAUGUAAUUCUGCAACAUAUAUUCUAUAGUCACCUCUGAUUUAACCUUUCAUAUAGGUGCAUUUCACAGAUGUCCAGUUCAUUUUUAUUCUUUUUUUCCCCCAUUUUUUAAGAUGUGUCGGCUUUUGCCUAUACUCUAUUUUCUGUUUUUGGAUUUCCACGCAGCCAGUACCCAAAAAGCUUUGUUUUCUCUUCGCCCGCUUAAAUACACCGCAGUCACACAUGGCAAUUACAGUCUCUGUAACUAUAACUAAUACCCUUUAAUAUUAUGGGCUUCUUUUAUUGCUGAACAAAAUCAUGGAAACAGCUGGCUAUACUGGAUGGUUGUCAUGAGUGCUGCACACAAACAUUUCUGCUGAUGGAACAGAGCCAUGACUUUGACAGUGGCACAUUAUUGCAAAGCCCCAAUAGACAGAAAAAUGACCAAGUGUACCGAAAGCCCGUUGUUCAAAGGCCCAUUGCUCCAAAAACACAAACUCUUGAUGUAACAUUCAUUACGCAAAAUUAGAUCAUAAGACCUUCCCAGUAUUAUUUUUCAUUUUUCUAUAAUGGCCAAAGCAUGACCCGCCCAACUCAGCCUCUGAUUGGCCUACCCUGAUAUCCUUACCCUAAACUCCUCAUGCCUAAACCUAACCAACCCACCCAACAAAGGCAACGAGUACUAAGAUGAAGAGCGGCGGGUCAUGCCUUCACCAGUACAGAAGAAAAAAAAAAUCCAACGACGUCAUUCUGCAAUUAUAAUAAGAACGAUGCUGCUUUUUGGGGGGUUUGCGGCGCAAAGGGCUUUCAGAAAACUGUUUGUUUUCUGGAUAACGGGCUGUCAGACAAAUGGGCUUUCCUCCCCAAUAGGACAUUUUUCGGACUGUUGGGGUUUCAGAAUAAUAAGCUGUUGGAACAAUGGGAUGCCAGAUUUCGCAGUGUGUUCAGCAAAGCUGCACUUCUUCUUACAUCUUUUAGAAAUUCUUCCCUUUCCCUCAACACUUAAAUCAGACAAUAUGUUUAAUAACAUAUUGCCGUCGCUCUGUGAUGCAACAUGUGACGAAGUCUUUUACUAUUUUUUACAAAUUUAAUUUAUUUUUUAAUUUAUUAUCUAUUGCACAUGUUGUUGGUAAUUGUUUUUGGACAUAUGAAUAAUACUGGUUAUGCCCCUCUUAAUAUGAUACAACAUCAUGUGUAGUUUUUAAAGGAGAAAGCAAGGGACUUUUUACAGACUCUUUUUAACUUGUGGUGUUUCUUUCCACUGUUGACCUACUCUCAAGAUUGUAGUAAGUCAAAAAUCAAAUUCACAUCAGCUGUCCGGAAAUUCUGAAAGUUUCGAUACCUCCAUUUAUAUUUUGCAUCCAUUUUUAGAAGCAAAAGAGAAAUAUGAUUUUUAACGUUGCGAGCUAUCAUUUUGUACAUUCAAAAAACGUUCUUUGCACAUUAGUGUUGCUUGUGUCUUACUUGUGUAUGCAAAGCUCCGAUGUUUUCCCAUUUUCUUGUAGAUACAUUCUGCUCUUAACUACUCCUGACUUUAAUGUUCUCUGACUAAUUGAUAGGAUGAACCUAACACCGACUUAAUGUGACGCAAUAAAGUGGU